UCCACUCAAAUUGUUCAACGUUCUGCGUAGGCUUUAAUGUAAAGUACAAAGGGGCUACAGAAACAGACCCAGCACACUUUCCUGGUCAGUUCUGUUAGCCAAUUGUGUUCCAGUAACACUCAAUCAAAGACUAAAUGGGCGGUACCAAACGACAAGCAGAAACUUCGGCCUCAUGUCUUAUUACCUCAGCCGAUGCGAACCGCUCGCUUGGUGAACAUGUGCAGCAGGAGACGACGUUACACAACGGAGCAAAAUAUAUCCGCUUGAGCUGUGGAAGGUAGCUCUAUCUAUGUGGAGACAGCUUACCAAAGAGUUUUCGGCGGACACCCCCUAAUACCCUUCAGACACCAUGGAGCCAUUAAGUACAGAUGUUAAGAGCAACCCGUCUGCCAACGCCAAUCUUUUAUCUCAAAUAUUCUUUUGGUGGCUCAAUCCUCUCUUUUCUAUUGGCUACAAGCGGAGACUGGAAGAGAAUGACAUGUACCGUGUUCUCCCGGAGGAUGGUUCCCAGAGGCUGGGAGACGAGCUACAGAGUUACUGGGACCAGGAGGUGCGGAAAGCAGCCAAGGAGAUGAGGGAUCCAAGCCUGACCAAAGCCAUCAUCAGAUGUUACUGGAGGCCCUAUGCAGUCCUGGGCAUAUUCAACUUUGUGGAGGAAGCCAUCAAGGUGAUCCAGCCAGUGUUGCUGGGCCAGCUGAUCGAGUUCUUCGAGCGGGUGGGGACGGCGGAGGCGAUGGCGCUGUCGGAGGCGUACGGCUAUGCGGCUGGCCUGUCCCUGUGCACCCUCGGCCUGGCAAUACUCCAUCACCUCUACUUCUACCACGUCCAGAGGGCCGGCAUGAAGAUACGGGUCGCCAUGUGUCACAUGAUCUACAAAAAGGCUCUGUGUUUAAGCAGCAGUGCCAUGGGCCAGACGACCACAGGGCAAAUAGUCAACCUGCUGUCAAACGACGUCAACAAGUUUGAUCAGGUUACCAUCUUCCUGCACUUCUUGUGGGUGGGGCCUCUUCAGGCGGCCGCUGUGAUUGGUCUACUGUGGCAGGAGAUCGGACCAUCAUGCCUUGCAGGAAUGGCCGUGCUCGUCUUUCUCAUGCCUCUGCAGACUGUUUUUGGUCGUCUGUUUUCGAAGUUUAGGAGUAAAACUGCCACCCUGACUGAUAGCAGGAUCCGUAUUAUGAACGAGGUUGUGUCUGGUAUUCGCAUCAUCAAAAUGUACGCCUGGGAAAAGCCUUUUUCAGCCCUUGUCAACGAUGUGAGGGGGAAGGAGAUCUCCAAGGUGAUGUCGAGCUCCUACCUGCGAGGCCUGAACAUGGCCUCCUUCUUCGCCGCCAGCAAGGUCAUUGUCUUCGUGACCUUCACCACGCACGUGUUGCUAGGCAACAUCAUUACGGCCAGCCGCGUGUUUGUGGCGGUGUCUCUGUACGGAGCUGUGCGCCUCACUGUCACCCUCUUCUUCCCUGCUGCCAUCGAGACGCUCUCAGAGUCCCUCGUCAGCGUUCGCAGGAUUAAGACCUUCCUGCUGCUGGAUGAGAUUGAGAAGCACCCAGUGCUGCCUCAGAAGGAGAAACAGGAAAGCUUUGUGGAGGCACAGGAUCUCAUGUGCUACUGGGACAAGACACUGGAUGCACCAACCCUGCAGCGCGUCUCUUUCACUGUCAAACCGGGUGAACUCCUGGCUGUAAUUGGACCAGUUGGAGCUGGAAAGUCCUCGCUCCUGAGUGCCGUGCUGCGAGAGCUGUCCCCCAGCAAGGGCACCAUCAAGGUGAGCGGUGACCUGACCUACGCGUCACAGCAGCCCUGGGUCUUCCCCGGAACCAUCCGCAGCAACAUCCUGUUCGGCAAAGAGAUGCAGACGCAGAAGUACGAGCGAGUCCUGAAGGCCUGCGCUUUGACCAGGGACAUGGAGCUGCUACCGCAAGGUGACCUGACUGUCAUUGGGGACAGGGGAGCUACGCUCAGUGGAGGACAGAAGGCCCGGGUCAACCUGGCCAGGGCUGUGUACCAGGAUGCAGAUAUCUACCUGCUAGAUGACCCUCUGAGUGCCGUGGAUACAGAGGUUAGCAGACACCUGUUUGAACAGUGCAUCUGUGGUUAUCUGAGAAAGAAGCCUCGUAUCCUGGUCACACAUCAGCUGCAGUAUCUCAAAGCCGCAGAUCAGAUCCUGGUUCUGAAAGAGGGGCAGAUGGUGGCGAAGGGGACCUUCAUGGAGCUGCAGACGUCUGGUGUGGACUUCACCACCCUGCUGAAGACCGAGGAGGAGGAAGUGACCUCAUCCUCUCUGGAUCUCACCCAGGGCUCCUCCACCCUCAAGUCCGCCCGCAGCCGCACGCUCUCCCAGAACUCUGUGCGAUCGCAGGCCUCCUCGGUGCAGUCUUCUGUUCAGGACAUAUCAGACCUGCCGGCGGAGCAGGUCCAGACGAUAGCAGAGGAGACCCGCUCUGAGGGCACCAUAGGCUUCUCUCUCUACUACAAGUACCUGACCGCAGGUGCUAACGUGGUGGUGGUGUUUGGCCUGAUGAUGCUCAACCUCCUCGCCCAGGCUGCUUACAUCCUCCAGGAUUGGUGGUUGGCAUACUGGGCUGGCAAGCAGGCGGAGCUGAACGUGACUGACGUUAAGGAUCUAAACCCAUUCCUCAACCACACACAGGAACUGGACUUGGACUUCUACCUAGGCAUCUACGCAGGUUUGACUGGUGCUACUCUGCUCUUUGGCUUCAUGCGCAGCCUGCUGAUGUUUAACGUGCUGGUGCACUCUGCCCAGAUGCUCCACAACCGCAUGUUCAACUGCAUCCUCCGAACGCCCGUACGCUUCUUUGAUGUCAACCCCAUCGGAAGAAUCCUGAAUCGGUUUUCCAAAGACAUUGGCCAGGUGGACUCAAUGCUGGCCUUAACCUUUGUAGAUUUCCUCCAGGUGUUUCUGCAGAUCGUGGGCGUGAUCGUGGUGGCGGCGUCGGUGAUUCCCUGGAUCCUGAUCCCCGUGUUUCCUCUGCUCAUCGCCUUCCUCUUCCUGCGACGCUACUUCCUUCAGACCUCCAGGGACGUCAAGCGACUCGAGGGCACGACUCGGAGCCCGGUCUUCUCUCACCUGUCGUCAUCGCUGCAGGGCCUGUGCACCAUCCGAGCCUUCAGGGCCGAGGAGCGUUUCCAGCAGGCCUUCGACGCCCACCAGGACCUGCACUCAGAGGCCUGGUUCCUGUUCCUGACGACGUCUCGCUGGUUUGCUGUGCGGCUGGACGGCAUGUGCUCCAUAUUCGUGGCCAUCACAGCCUUCGCCAGCCUCCUGCUCCACAACAGUUUGGAGGCUGGAUCUGUUGGCCUGGCCUUGUCCUACGCGGUGACCCUCAUGGGCAUGUUCCAGUGGGGGGUCAGGCAGAGUGCAGAAGUGGAGAACCUGAUGACGUCAGUGGAGAGAGUUGUGGAAUAUACAGAGCUGGAGAAUGAGGCACCAUGGGAAACCGAGAAGCGCCCUCCCCCCUCCUGGCCCAACAAAGGCCAGAUCACCUUCGACCGUGUCAACUUCUCGUACUACCCCGACGGACCCAUCGUUCUGAAGAACAUGUCUGCCACAUUCAAACCAAAAGAAAAGGUGGGCAUCGUGGGCAGGACAGGCGCGGGGAAGAGCUCUCUAAUAUCCGCCUUGUUCCGUCUGGCGGAGCCGGAGGGUAAGAUCGUGGUGGACGGUGUGGCGAUCUCAGAGCUGGGCCUGCACGACCUGAGGACCAAGAUGUCCAUCAUCCCCCAGGACCCCGUGCUCUUCGCCGGCACCAUGAGGAAGAACCUCGACCCCUUCAGCGAGCACUCGGACCAGGACCUGUGGAACGCACUGGAGGAGGUCCAGCUGAAGUCUGUGGUAGAGGAGCUUCCUGAGCGUCUGGAGAGCGUGCUGGCGGAGUCGGGCUCCAACUUCAGCCUUGGCCAGAGGCAACUGGUGUGCCUGGCACGCGCCGUCCUCCGCAGGAACCGCAUACUCAUCAUCGACGAGGCCACCGCCAACGUAGACCCCAAGACAGAUGAGCUAAUCCAGCGGACCAUCCGAGAGAAGUUUAGGGAGUGCACAGUGCUCACCAUCGCCCACAGACUCAACACCAUCAUAGACAGCGACCGCAUUCUGGUUCUGGACGCGGGCCACAUCCAGGAGUAUGCUGAGCCCCAUAUCCUCCUGCAGAACCCAGACAGCUUACUGCUCAAGAUGGUGCAGCAGACUGGAAAGGCAGAGGCAGCCUUCCUCAUCAACACCGCCAAACAGGCAUACCUAAACAAGAGUCAGACCAGCCUGAACAGCUCACAAGCACAGAAUGGGGACGGCACUUUAAUCAUCUUUGAGACGGCAUUGUAACCGACCAGCACGAGUAAUGAAUGACGGCAGACAUUCGCUCUCAGCAGGAACUGCAGCUGCCUUACCAUCCUGGAAUGGGUGCUCCGUAUCCUCCUCCCUCUCAAAGAUUCUAGAACGCACAGAAAUUCUAGAGUCUUAUGUGUCUGGCUCCUGGAGUCAUGGACAGUCAAGGAGGGUUAGGCCGAGGACAUGCUUGCUGUGAGCCUUCGAUUACGCACGGAACCACGUGCGACCAAGAACGAUUAAGAACGAUCAGAGCACAACGCACGAUACUAGAGGUAUCAUGUAGGGGGCAGAUGGCCAACGGGGCUCUCAUCAAUAUUUUUCAUCAUUGCUUGACUCUACAGGGACUUCAACAUGGAAGUUUGGGAGAUUGACCCUCACGGUUCUGGCAAUAUUUCACCAUAUGCAUCUUCUGCGUAUAUUGUGUCUGGUGCUUUACUGCAUGCAAAAUUGACAUACAAUUCUCAUCGCAAUGCUUUCGUGCACAGAAAGUGCUCGCACACGCAUAUCCUGCAGCAAUCAUGUCCACGGCCUUAAUAUCCCUUUUUAUACUAUUCAUGUGUAUUUGAUUAUGUGUAUUUUUAUUUGAUUCUGUAUAUUUUUAUGUAAUCAGCUGCUGUUUUGUAGUCGUAUAUACAGUAUGUUUUGUAUCAUCACUGAUGGUUCUUUGUUUUAUUUAUUUUAAUUACUUUUUUUAAUUUUUUUUUACCAAGACCAAGGAUUUAAAAUCAUUUGAAAUAACUUGGAAGUCACCAUCUUCAUUUCACUCCUGCUGAGGAUUAUAGUUAUUUCAAGAAGCUGUGUUUACUGAAGCAAAGAGGAGCCAUCUUUUUUGUUGUGAAAGAUAUCAAAUUAAGUUAUUUUCAAGGAAGUGAAUAAGGAAGUGAAUACAACACAGCUAGUGUGCGAUUCUCUUAGUUUUGCAGUCAUGAUUAGAAUUCAUGUGCAUCGCCUACCCCUCUCUUAUCUGGAGAUCAAUGUUUUAUUUGGGGCAACAUUGGUCAGCUGUUAUUGUUUAGUGCUCUUACAGAAAUCCUGAACACGUGUUUCACAGAAUGUUAUUUCUGUGUUAUUUCUCAUGUUAAGCUAAAAGGAUGUGCGAUCGGAAUUGACGCCUCCAGUGCCUACACUACAAGCUAAGGUGGUGGUUGAAUAUGAGCAUGUGCCUUGGUGUCAAUGGUGCCUUACUUGAAUAUUGAAUAUUGAAUAUUUUUACUCCGAAUGAAACCAAAAUGGGGAUGGAGAAUCACUCCCUGAAAAGUUUUUGUUUUGUUUGUUCAGUUCGUUUUUAUUCAUGUUCUGCAUUUAGGAGUUUUUUUUUAUCCAUGUUCUGCAUUUAGGAAGAGAGAAAUAAAAUGACGCACAAACUGUUUCAGCUGCUCACAAAUAAUGUAGAUGUACACACAUUGUAUUAUAUCAUACUUGUAUCUAUUAUUAUUAUUAUUAUUAUUAUUUCUUCUUUGUCUUAAAUUGUUCUGACCACUCGAAGACAAGUUUUUUUUUUUUACCAGCAGUUGGUUUUUGGUAAACAUGAUUAUCUAUUGUAUUCGAUGUAAAAUAACCAUACACUGUAGCAAAUGUUUGUGCCAGUACUGUAAACUUCAUUGUUUAUAAUGGAUGGUAGAUUGAUGAUUAAUGUUUACCUUACAUCGAAUCAUUAUAUACAAAAAUGUAUAGCACUGAAUGUCAUAACUGGAUAAAGUGUUCAUAACCAGAUUUCACACCUUUUUUUCCCAAAUGCCACUUUAUUAAAGAAAAAGAUUUUU